GCCAUUAGUUACCGCCAAAAAGUCGGAUCAGCAUGUCCAUUGCUUUUGGAAUCGCGAUUUAUUGAAAUGUACCUAUCUAUAACAACUAAUUGACCAAGGUCAUCCUAUCGAGUGUCACUCGUACCAAUGAUCGAGUCGCGAUGGGUUCCAGCGCUAAGAAGAAGAAGGAAAAGAAGAAGGACUUCCAGAAGCCCAAGUUGAAAGUAGGAAAAGCCAAGCCGAAGCCAUCCAACUUCACAGAUACGAGUUUUAGAUCCAAAGCUCUUGUUCUACAACAACAGCUAGCGGAAGAUGCGCCGAACCCGAUCGAGCGAUUUAAACACAAUCUCUCUCUCACGAGCUCUCGUUCAGACACCCAACGCCGAGAUGCGUUGUCGUACCUUGCGGGUCAAUUGUCGACGAAUCCACCGACAAACCCGGUAGGCACAUCUACAUUACUACACAAACUUCUGCCGAUGAUGUCCGAUUCCUCGGGGCCUGUGCGCGGCCAGUUGUUAAAGCUAUUGCGAAACCUCCCCGCAGACGAAGUACGGCCUCACGUAGAAAAAAUCAUGCUCUACAUCCGGGGGACCAUGACCAAUAUUUCACAAGAGGUCAAGGAUGACGGCCUCAACUACAUGGAAUGGCUUCUCGACGUCGCCGGAGAAGAUGUCGUCUCGAGUGCGGGAUGUUGGGUCAAACCACUCCGAGAUUUCAUGUCGGUACUAGGCUGGACGGUCAAGUCCACCCCAGCUACUACAACUAAGAGCGGAUGGACUUCUGCGCCUAGGACAACAUUUGGCUCCAAGAAAUACGGCCAGUCCUUUCCGCGACAGAUGUUAAUCCUGUCUAAAUUCCUGGAAACAGGUUUCAAGUCAGGGUCGCCCACACCUUGGACCAACGAUUGGUCUAACAACAUAGGGUGCGUACCGCGGACGCCGGAUCCAUUUGGAUAUAUCGGAUUAUUUAAACCUCCUCGAGACGAGGAAGGCGAGAUAUACCGUAACCGAGAGGAUAGACAAGAUAUCUUCCAGAAAAGGUUCAGAGCCGCCAUUGAGGUAGGCGCGGAUAUGGCUAAGAAAGAAGGGGGUAUGGCUGGUAGGGCCGCGGCAACCUUAGAUCAGGUGCUGAAAGAUGGCAUGGGCGACUACGAACAGAUAUCACGACUCGAUAAUGAUGAGCAUUUAUGGGCGGGCUAUAUCAUGUGAGCCUCCGAGUACUAUUAGGCGUGUUCCGCUAAUACAAACCGUCACAAACAAAAAUUCGUCUUCCCUGACCGUUACCGGCAUGCAUUGAAUUUCGCGCCCGUGCAAUAUCGCAUUGGUGCUGGACCCCACAACAGCAUAUGUCGCAUUUCCUUCCCGUGCCUCGUUGUCCC